CCAUCUCUAUCGGAUGUCCGCGUUCAUUCUCAACGCGGACGCCAUGCGGUGCGUGUGCGUAGCACGGAGGUCUGAUCAGAAAACGAAUGCCGCUGCCGCCAGUCGCUGCCAUCGGAACGAAACGCGCGUGAAAAAGUGACACCGAUGUAGAACACCUCGGGAGGCCUGGGAAACCCGGAGGAAUUCGGAACGGAUUCUCUCGAGUGUCGAAACGAUUAAAGAAAUAAGUGAAAACCGAGUGAAUCAUCGAUACCGAGUUGUACGGAUAUCAAAGUGUACUUUUAAAAAACCGCGAAGACUUGUCACUCCAUCGGACGUUUUACCUUCCUCCUUUGGUGCCAACAUCCGUCCAUUUCACCCCGUGGUGCACAAAGCUGAUCAGACCGAAUCUUCGAGUUCUCCGUUCAUUUUCCUGACCAUGCGAACUGUGAACGAUUGUCCGAUAACGAAACGCCGGGUGUUCGAAGUUUCCCGCGUGAACGGAGUUACAUCAGUGUAACGUGUGCGCGAGUCAGGACUGGUUUUAAGGACUCACGAAGCCGUGAAAGGGUUCCCGAUGUAGAAACACCGAUCCCAGGAUUUUCCAACGUGCCUUACAUUUUUACCGAGUGGCUUAACUUAGUUUUACGGACCGAGCAACGACGAUUAGAUUCAAGUGCCUUAAUAAAAGUUGGAAUGAGUCAGAUGAAUUCGUAAUAGGUGUACACAUGUGUGUCAUUGCCUGUGUAAUCGUAGAUUUUCAAUAUUUAUAUUAGAGCGGACUCGUUGUUCGAAGGUUUCCUUGUAAAUAAGAACGUUUAAUUGGUGCUAUACUGUUUCCCCAGUUUUAUUGUGAUACGAUUCGAUCUCGAUUCCAAUUGAAGAGUCACGCAACGUUCUUACGGUUUCAUCAUCGUGUGAAACAACGAGUCAAGCGUUGUCCAUUAUAUUCGACAUUUUCAAGAGUUUCGCAAAGAGUAACGGGGCGAUUCCGAGGAACAAUUUUGCGAGGAGUCGACGACCGUCGCCGAGAAGAAUAGACGGUGACCUCAUGCUUUACUUAAGUCGUUCUGACCGGCAACGAGACAAUUGGAUCUUGGUUCGGGUCAUCAGCUUUGUCGUUUGGUAGAAAAAGAACCCGGACUGUCAUCGAACGGUUCCUACGGCUGAAUACACCACGUGUCUGCCAUUAAAUUAUACAAGCCUGCUUCUAACUCGAUCCGCGGCCAGAAAUUAUACACUGUACCUGUUGAGCUCUAAUAAUUAAAAAGAUUUCAAUGUUCCCAUUAAAGUUUCAGUAUACUUUGUUAAAAUAAUUCUAUCGUUAAUCUGUUAUGUGUAAAACGAAAAUAAUACUGUUGUCAUUUUCACGAGAUAAUAAAAAGUGGAGAUUUUAUAGAAAAACGUAGAAUACGAGACAGUUACUUGGAAAGUUUGGUAAGAUAUUUGACCCAGAUCUCGGACGUUAAAUCAGACAGUCGUCUAACCGUCUGCGUCGAUGAUCGUCUCCGAAGGGGACGCAGCGCGUUUUAUUUAUAAGUCUAUCAAUUAGACUCGUCCUCGACAGGCAUUAGAGCCGAUAAAUUUGCCUCGUCGACUUUGCUAUUCUCACGAAGCGAACUCGUGCUCUCCGCAAACCCCAUUGUUUGCCUCCUCGAAAUUGUCGCACUUCCAAUAGACCGAUGAGGAGAAAUUCCAUUCGAGGAAUCGAGUACUUAUAAUCGAAUCGGUGGAUGACACUUUCUAUCCGAAUAAGCGGAUCAGAGAAUAGCGAUCAGGAUGUCUACUAUGGGCGUUACGGUGUUCUGCAACAGGGUGCAGUUGAACGGGAACGACCAGGAGCAGUUGAUGCUGCUCAGGACUCUCCAGGAUAACGAGAGUAACAUAAUCGGUAAUCAGCCGCACUUGAUAGUGCCCAAGAACAAUAACAACAACAAUAAUAACAGUGAUGGGAGCCCAGCGAUCGUGUUGCCACCGUACGAUCCGUCCCGGUUGAAGAAACACGGGAAGAACGGGCAGCCACCGCCGGUGGCCGUCGCGCGGCGCAACGCCCGCGAGAGGAAUCGCGUAAAGCAAGUAAACAACGGGUUCGCGACGCUGAGACAGCACAUCCCGAGCCACAUCGCUGCCGGUUACGGAGACAGGGGCAAGAAAUUGUCGAAAGUAGAAACCCUGCGAAUGGCCGUUGAGUACAUCAGGGGAUUGCAGAGGCUGAUCGCCGAGGCGGACGGGGUCGAGUACGACCCGAACGCUGGCAUCGCGCAGUGCUUACCAUCGCCUACGAGCAGUAUCGUUUCGUCUACUCAUAAUGGAUCUGGGGAGAGGCUAGUCCUCGACGACGACGUUCUCGCUGCCGAGGACGACGACGCCGACCAGCUAGACGAAGACGAGGAGAACAGGAAGAAGAAAAAAUCCAAGUUAUCGCCAAACCGGACAGCGGUAGCAUCACCUCGCGAUUACUAUGCUUCCUCAGUGGGCGAUGAGGAGAAUUUAGAGCCAAGCACGCUCUCGAACACGAUUCGGCUUUCGCCGAACUCGGUGGCGUCUCCACCCUCGGAGUACUACGGCCAAAACGAGGAGAACCUCGAGCCGCGGAUUCUGUCGCCGUACAGCGGUGCCGGCGACAGCGAGGAAGGCGCGACCACCGUUUACAUGGUCAGCCCGGAGACAUUUCCCGUCGCCGUGUACUACAAGCAGGAGAUCACCGAGCCCGGCGAAUUCAUGGACGUCGUCAGCUGGUGGGAACAGGAGCAGGGCAGGCUGGUGCACCAACAGCACACACAACGGCUCACGCACGCGUAAUAAAAAAGAUUCGCAUAAAACUAGGACACUAAAUUUGCUGAUGUGAUCUCACGGAACGAUGAAGACGAGCUUCGGAAUGAAUUUUUGAAAGUUGAUUUUUAAGUAAGAAUGGCAACGAUUUGUACUUAUCUCGCACGAAGUACUUCCCCAGGGACACUGCCCAGAUAUUAUAUUUGACAAUGUCCGUGCAGCUCAUUCUUUAUAUCUCGUUUGUGGCAUACGAAUAAAAUGGAAAUUAAAAUUGCAGGGUUAAAUUAGAAAUAGUACAGAAUGCAUGGAAGUGAUCAUUUGAAUGUUAUGAUACCUCAGCGAGGAUCUCAAAUCUCUUCUUAAUGUACUUGAAAUUUUAUACAGAACAUUUGACAAACAUUCAAAAUAAUAGUA